AUGCUUAGGAAAGGCCACUGCAAGCCUGGGUCCUGGGGAAGCUUCUGGGCUACUCUGGCCUUGGUAGGACUGGCCACUCGUGCAGCUCAGAGAGCCGAUGUCGGUGGGGAGGCAGCAGGCACCUCCAUCAACCACUCCCAGAUGCUGCUCCAGAGACUGCAGGACCUGCUGAAGCAGGGCAACGCCAGUGACGUCGUCCUGCGAGUACAGGCUGUGGGCACCGAUGAGGUCCGAGCCUUCCACACCCACCGCUUGUUGCUGGGGAUGCACAGUGAGCUUUUCCGUGAGCUGCUGAGUAACCAGAGUGAGGUGCUGCUGCAGGAACCCCGGGACUGCGCUGCUGUCUUUGACAAGUUCAUCAGGUACUUGUACUGCGGUGAGCUGACCGUCUUGCUGGCCCAGGCUAUCCCCCUGCACAGACUGGCCACCAAGUACCGUGUGGCAUCCCUGCAGCGAGGUGUGGCUGACUACAUGCGUACGCAUCUGGCUGGAGGCGCGGGCCCAGCUGUGGGCUGGUACCACUAUGCAGUGAGCAUCGGGGAUGAAGCUCUGCGUGAGAGCUGCCUGCAGUUCCUGGCUUGGAACCUUUCGGCCGUGGCGGGGAGCGCCGAGUGGGGUGCCGUGAGCCCAGAGUUGCUGGCGCAGCUCCUGCAGCGAUCGGACCUGGUGCUGCAGGAUGAGCUGGAGCUGUUCCACGCGCUGGAGGCGUGGCUGGGUCGCACGCGGCCGCCCCCCACAGUGGCCGAGCGAGCGUUGCGAGCCAUCCGCUACCCCAUGAUCCCGCCCGCACAGCUGUUCCAGCUGCAGGCGCGCUCGGCCGCGCUGGCGCGCCACGGCCCAGCAGUGGCAGACCUCCUGCUGCAAGCUUACCAAUUCCACGCAGCCUCGCCGCUGCACUACGCCAAAUUCUUCCACGUGAACGGCAGCGCCUUCCUGCCUCGCAACUACCUCGCGCCUGCCUGGGGCGCCCCGUGGGUCAUCAACAACCCGGCUCGCGACGAUCGCAGCACCAGCUUCCAGACGCAACUGGGUCCCAGCGGCCAUGACGCGGGUCGCCGGAUCACCUGGAACGUGCUCUUCUCCCCGCGCUGGCUGCCCGUCAGCCUGCGGCCUGUCUACGCGGACGCAGCGGGCACUGCGCUGCCCGCUGCACGCCCCGAGGACGGAAGACCACGGCUGGUGGUCACGCCGGCCAGCAGCAGUGGAGAUGCGGCGGGCGUGAGCUUCCAGAAGACCGUGCUGGUGGGAGCGCGCCAUCAGGGCCGCCUCCUGGUCCGCCACGCCUACAGCUUCCAUCAGAGCAGCGAGGAGGCUGGCGACUUCCUGGUCCACGCAGACCUACAGAGGCGCAACUCGGAGUACCUGGUGGAGAAUGCACUGCAUCUCCAUCUCAUUGUCAAGCCCGUUUACCACACCCUCAUCAGGACUCCCAGUUAG